AUGUCUUCUGUCGCCAUGUCUCUGCGUACCCUCCAUCUGCGUCCGGUCCGGCCGCUGCCAUCUCUGCGUCCGCUGGCCGUCCAGACACAGGCGCUGUCCCUGUCGGCCGUACGGCAACACAAGGAGUCUGAGUCAGACCCGGACUUUACCGUCGAGCAGCUCAAGGAGCAGUCGCUCAAGCAGCACAAGGAGGGCCGCGGCGAAUGGAUGCCCGGCCUCGCAUCCGACAGCGAGGAGGCCCUCAAAGCCGACAAGAGCGACAGCCCGGAACUGCCCGCAAAGACGCCGACCGGUCCGAACAAUCCGACUGUCCGGGCUUGA